AUGGCGGAGUUGUGACUGUUUUGAAUUUAACUAAAUAAUAAUAAUAAUAAUAAUAUAAAACAUAUUUGUAUCCAAAGAUAGUUGAUAAUUAAUUAAUUAAUUAAAUUGGAGAUUGUUGACUAACUGUAAAGCUUGUCGUUUGGAUGUAAAACCUUCCUAAAAAAGUUGAAACAUGGAUGAAACAGAAGCAAGAUACAUGCAUCUCCUCCAGCCCAUCAGGGACAUGACAAAAAACUGGGAGGUUGAUGUGGCUGCGCAGCUUGGGGAAUAUAUGCAUGAGUUAGAUCAGAUCUGUAUUUCUUUCGAUGGAGGUAAAACAACCAUGAACUUUGCAGAGGCUGCCCUACUUAUCCAAGGAUCAGCCUGUAUUUACAGCAAAAAGGUGGAAUACCUUUAUUCCCUGGUCUAUCAAGCACUGGACUUCAUCUCCAAUAAAAAGCGAGACAAGCAACCAGCAUCUGUUGGAGUGGAUGGUGUUGAUAAAGAUGCAACCUUUGCACAUAGAAAUGAAGAAGAGGAGUUUCUUUCACUGGAUGACAUUAAUAGCACCAACAAAUCAAACAUGGACAUGAGGAAAAAUAAUUCUCCCAAUGUUGUGGACAUAGUUCCAUUGACUCCCGUGGGUUUAGUGCCCCCUGAAGAAGCAGAGAAAAAGGAUAACCCACUUUACAGCCGGAAAGGUGAAAUCCUUGCAAGCUGUAAGGAUUUCAGGAUGAACACUUACACACCCCACGCCAAUGGGGCCUUUGUGCUGGACCUGGCAGGAGUGUCUCCUACAAGGGAGUUUUUAAGGGAGGGGAAUGCUUCAGUAUUGGACGUCGGCCCAAGUGAUGAAAAUGGAAACCUACGAGCAGGGACCAGCAAUAAUGAGGCACCACUACCGAUUCUCAACUUUUCAGACCCAGGCGGUGCUGGAGAUAAUGACUGCGAUGAUGGUGAUGCUGGCGAUGCAUUUCUUCAGCUUACAGCGUGCAAUGGGAUGGAGGUAGACCCAUCUCCUUCAGAGCAUGUUGAGAGACGCCAGGCUGUAAAUGACAGAUAUAUGCUGAGAGAACGAGCUCUUGCACCAGCUGAGACUGAGAAAGCAAAGGAAUUCCUGGAUCCAUGGAGAAGUCUUGAUCCUUUUAGUAAUUCUGAAGACAAGCCCUUUAAAAAAGGCAAGCAUUUUACAAUCCCUCGAUGUGUUGAAGAAACAACUGGAAACAGUAGGAAAAGAAAAGGCCCCACAAAGCUACAGGACUUUAGGAAAUGGUUCUCAGGGACAUAUUAUGAAGGUGCUGAUGUCAAGGGUAAGAAAAAAGGGCCGACAUUUGCAGACAUGGAGGUGCUGUAUUGGAAGCACAUGAAAGAGAGGCUUGUUGCACAGAAGAAGAUACAAAAGAAAAUGGGGAUAUUAUUUUCUAAUGAGAUUGCUGAGCACCACAAUAAAGAUUUGGAAAAUGCAGAGGAACAAAAUGAAGUUGAGGAUAACCGACAUGAUGAUUACCUUGAUAAUGAUGGAGGAGAUGAUUUCUCGGAUCAUGAAAACUUGGCACAAGACUUCCCUGUAGAAAUAUUGGACGAGGAGAGACUGGCAGCUACUGAGCCCCAGGAGGAAAGGCCGAGUUACGAGGAUCUGGUCCGUAGAAAUGUGGAUCUGUUUAUUGCUAACUCCCAGAAGUAUGCACGAGAGACAGUGCUAUCUAUCAGAGUGAGAGACUGGGAAGACAAGAUGGGCCCACAGCUAACUGAACAGGAAGAAAGAGUAGCCUUUGACAUCCAUGACUACGGGGACAAGAUUGUGGAUGCUUUCAGCCAAGUGGGAGAGAGGCGCACGUUUGCUAGCAUUGUGAGGGGGAAGGAAGCAUUUGAAGUGUGCCGCUACAAGCUAGCAUCUUUGCAACUGGCGAACGACUGCACAGUGAAGAUAGAUAAAAAACCAGGACUAUAUGAAUCUAUUGAUUCCAUGGAACUAACCCUGCUAAGCAAACAGCGAGCACAUGAAAGAUUUCAAACAUAUGCUGCUCCUUCCCUUACUGAUUUCUGAUCCCAGUGAAACCAUGGACACAUUGGUGUUUAUUGGAUUUAAGUUUUUAGGAAAUGCAUUGAGAAGUCAAUAAACUGAAGCCUCUAAGUUUCUCAAAAAAAUAUGGACAUGGAACCAGGUAAAUCCUCCCACAUGAAAGCUGACUGUUUGCAGUGUCACAAGAUCUGAACAAAGGGGGGUCCCCACAAGUUUUGAGGAUUUUUCUAAAACCAUAUUUAAAAUAUGAUUAUGGGUCUUUUCAGCUGUGUGCUAAUUAGAUUUGGGGGAAUGUACAUACACCCUAAAUGCAAAGCAAGUAACUAAACAUACACUUGCAUUUCCUAUACCUCAGACUUUUAAUAUAUGUUUUCAAGGUCUUUGUAUUUUAUGAAUGCACAUUUAUACAAAGCAAAAAAAUAAAAAAAAUGAAAUGCUGAGUCUUGAAUAUU